AUGGAAUCAACUCAAAGCAACGUUUGUGUAACAACUUGUACUGCAGUAUGCUCAAAUGCUAAUGCAGUUGCAUCUUCAAAAACAUGCUCCCCAGAAUGUACUGGCGUUUGUGCUCAAUCAUAUAAAACGAAAACAGAUAAGAAUUGCACCGAUUUAGGAAUAAAUGCAACUCACACCGAAGUAUGUGAAUGUACUACUUGUACAGGAAUAUGCGCAAAAACUAAAACAACAAAAUGUGAUAUAGUUUCAAACACGACAAACCCUUGUUCCCCUACAUGUACAGGAGAUUGCUCCAAACAGAACCAAGAUAUUUCUAAAAAGAAUUGCGUAGAAUUUGGUAUGAAUGCUCCUGGAAAUAUGUCCACUAACCGAAUGUUUGACAAUACCAUGAGUAGAGAAAUUUGUGCAACAACUUGUUCUGGAAUAUGCUCCAAACCAAACAUAACUAAAUGUGCAUCAUUACCUGUCAAAUCAGGAUUAGCGGAUUGUGGAAGUUUUGGUGCCAAAAAGAGCAAAGUUAUUUUUAAGGACAGUUGCACCGAAGUUGGAAUAAAAGCUGCCGGAGAUACCACAACAGGUAAUACAGCGCCAAGCAUCAGAUGCUCCGCUACUUGUACCGGAAUUUGUUCAAAAACUAAUAUCAUACAAGGUGAUAAUCUUGCGGUAUCUACAAAAACUUGUAGUCCAGAAUGUACUGGUGUUUGCGCAAAAGUAAACAAAGUUGGUACGUAUGAUAUUUGUAGUGAUUCAACUGACAAGGUGCAAACAAACAUUUGUGCUGCAAUUUGUACUGGAGUUUGUUCAAAGAGUAACAUUACAAAAAAGGAUAUGGCUUUGGAACCUGUGAUAGGAUGUCUCCCGGAAUGUGUAGGUGUUUGCGCAAAAGGAAGCAUUAGCACUAAAAAUGAUUGUGGGGAAUCAUUGAAAUUGACCAUUUGUGCAGCUACCUGUUCGGGACCUUGUUCCAAAACUAGGAUACAAACGGAGAUCAGUACAGGACAAACGUGUUCAUCAGAAUGCCAAGGUGUUUGCGCUGAACAGGACAAACUCAAUGAUUGUGCAUCAAUAGAUACACCUAAGAGUACAUGUGGAGCAACUUGUACUGGAGUUUGCGCACAAACUAAUAUAACCACAAGUAAUACAGCUUUGGGAACAAAAGAAGGCUGUUUUCCCGAUUGUGUAGGUGUCUGCGCCAAAGAAAACAAAGUUAGUUUCAAGGGCGAUUGUGGCGCUAAAACAGUAAAACCUAUGGAUAUUUGUGCAGCGACUUGUACUGGAGUUUGUUCAAAAACCAGUAUAAAAGCGAGAGAUACUGCUGCAAAUGAUUGCUUCCCAGAUUGUGUUGGCACUUGUGCCAAGAAAAGCAAAGAUAACUUGAAAGACGAUUGUAGCGAAUCGAAAGAAGCUAAGACUAAAAAUAUUUGUGCAACAACGUGUACCGGACCUUGCUCAACAACGAAUAUCACAAAAAAAUAUACUACUUCAGUAGGUGCAGACGAUUGUUUCCCGGAAUGCACCGGUGUGUGUGCUAAAGGGAAUAAAGUUGACAAUAAAGAUAAGUGCCCUGAUCCGAAAGAGGAAUCUACUACAGUGUGUUCUACAUCGUGCACUGGAAUUUGCUCUAAAACUAAUAUAAAAAGUGUAUCAACAUCGGAUGAUAAAAAAGAUUGUUUUCCGGAAUGUAUUGGUGUUUGUGCUAAACAAAGCAAAAGCAAAACUAAGGACGAUUGCAUUGACUCUAAUAAUAAAAUAACUGAAGCCAAACCUUCAAAUACUUGUGCUGCAACUUGUACAGGAAUUUGCUCAAAAACAAAAAUAGAGAAAAGUGAUGAUGAUGCAAAAUGUUUCCCAGAAUGUACUGGAAUUUGUAAUAGAGGAGCUCCUGAUAAAGAAACUAAGGUUCAAACAAGCCCCAAAACUCAAGAUAGCAGUUGUACAAAGGACUGCGGCGCUAAGACAUCAGUGGCUAAUGACCCUAUUGUUGUUGUACCUGCACGCAAUUCAGUAGAAGAAAACCCCAGAAGGUCUAAUGGUAGUAGCAAACAAGUUGACUUCUGCAAAUCUGAUGACUCCAUCAUUACUGACAAUGAUCCACCCAAGAAAAAACCAGUUGCUAACCAUUCCACCAGUGACAGUGAUUCAGUGAGCGACAAAAUUCCCAUUAUUGUUGCUUCUGAUCCAAAAAAGACAGGUAAUAUUAAACAACAGAUGAAUCCUAAUGAAAACACCGAGGGGGUUUGCAAACACACGUGCUCUGCUCGUUGUUCACGUAUAAAACCGGAAAUAAAAACCUACAAUGUAAGUGCAAGCAACAAAAAUCCUUUUAAAGAUGGAUUUGGCAAUGAACUACAUAACCAAGCUUGUGAUCCUGUGUGGAACACGGCAGCCACACGCACUCAAACCAAACACUCUGGUAAUGCAUAUAAGUAUACAGAAGAAACCUCCCUUGUUGAAUUACCAGCUGUUAAAGAGAAUGUCACAACACUUAAAAAAUUGUUAAAUCCAAAUGCUCCUACAAUUAAAACCUUUAUGGUGCAUAGUGCUACCGAAGAUGAAGCACCAGUGCUAUGCAACAAGUGUUGUGAACCAGUUUGGAAUCAGGGUAAUAUUAGAACUCAAACUGAUACAGAACAAGACAAAAAUGGGGAGCAAGACAGGAAAAAACUUAAAUGCCGAGGAGCAUGCACCAGUUCUCAGAAUGACACUGGUGAUAAUGUGCAACAGGAAGUAAAGGUGCCUGUUUCUGAUGGUUCCAAAAAUAAACCUCGAACCGGUGGUGCAAAUGCAACCAAUAUGGAUAAAGAAUUGCUUACUUCUGGUGACAUAGAAAAAAUAGAAGCUUUUAUACCCGGCAAUAUAGACCAAAUGGGAGAUAAGGUACAAAUGGACAUGAAGGAAUCGUAUGUCUCGUUUGAGAGUUACAAUGUAUCAAUGGGUCCGGAUGGCGUGACACAUCAUCUUACUACUGGUACCAUGGAGGAAACAGAGUUGACGAUUACAACAGCUGAGGAUGGCAAUAAAUUUAAAACAACUAAGCAUGCAAAGCAAAAAAUUCCUUCCUCAUAUAAUGACAAUUUUAAGAGUGGCAACCCGCCAAUAUCAAUUAACAUACAAUAUCCUGGUGCAGAUGAUAGGAAGACUAAUUGUGAUUGUAGAGAUGGUAGUAGUAAAUUUCAAGAUAGACAAAAAUUAACACCAACACAAGCUAGCAAAGGUAAUAAAAGCGACUGUGGAUGUGCUGACAUAUUUGCUCUCCUUGAGAAAGUAAAAAAUGAGUUUAGAAUGUCACAGAAAUUAUUACGUGAAGAGUUAUUAGGCACUGAUACCAGAAAACAAGGUCAAUUGCUGGCUGAGCAAGAUGCAAUUAAACAAUCAAAAGAAUGUAAAGCAAGAUGCGCAAUUUCGAAUAAGCAGCAAAGGUCUAGUACUGAAAAAAGUGAAAAAUCACAAAAACAAAAUUGUGGGUGUAGCAACACGAAAGAUUGUAAUUGCACAAAUGAAAGAGGUGUUCAAGGAAAAGAUUAUAGCCAACUGAGUGAUGAUCGAUUACCACCAAAAUCACAAAAUAUGUCUCCACCAAAAAAUCCUAAGAGGCUGUUAGAAGAAGCAGAAGAUAAACGAUUUUCUAUUUCUAAACUCUACGACCAGGAAUUUUGUUCCUCUUGCUCUAGUAUGCCAGCUCAAGCGGCUAAUGUUGUGCUUACUCAAUACUGUGAUUGCGGUGUUUGCGGGAAAACUACCUGGAUGUGCGAAACGAAGAAAUCAGUUGAAAGCGGUAGUGAAAAGAAAUCCAAAGGCGACGGAGAUAGUGCUUAUUCACGAAGUAGUUUUGAACACCUAGGAAGUUGCACAUGUGUAGAUUGUCUGUGCAAAAAUACACAAAAAGGUGGAAAAGGGCGUGAGAUACGCGUAAAAGAUAUUUCAAAAAUGAGAUGCACGUGCAGACAACGUGGGAUAUGCGAUAAAUGCAAAGCAAUUAAAGCUGCACUAAGAUGUAAACUACACCAAAAUGACAACAUGCCAAAGAGGAACUCAAAAGAAAUGAAAGCAAGCGGUAGUAAACAACCAACAGAAAACUCGUUGAUGUUUAGUAAUACAACUAGUAAAACUCCACAAAAUAUCGACUCAUUUAAUCAAGAUCCUACUCAAGAUCGCCCUGGUGCUCAAUGUAUUGAUCAAUCGUUACGGAUAAAUCAAGUUCAACAAACUAUUAGUGCUUGCAGUGGUGUAUAUGAAGGUUUAGGUACUUAUCCAUGCGGAUGUGGGUGUGAUGUUUUACAAGUUAGUCAGCUACUUGAUACAAAAGCUUUUUUGAAAGAUGCUGCGUGCAAAGAGACCUCCUGUACGGGUUUUCAAGACAGAACAACUUGCCCAUAUGUUGCUGAGCGUUUAAAGCAACAGGCUAAGGAUGCAAAACAAGGCAAAAUAGCAUUUGAUACUGACAAUGGACUAACAAACGCAAAAACCAAUACAAGUGUAGAAAAAAUGGCAAAAGGCAUUGAGACUACAGAACAACCUUUAAGUCAGGAUCAGGGAACAUUAGCAAGUCAAAUGAAGGAAAUUUCAAUUGGACCAUCUUCAAACAUGAAUACAACUAAUGGAUCUAGACAAAUGUAUAAACCAGAUGUUGAUAAUAUCUGUGUGCAAUGUUGUAUUGGACAUGCGGUAUCCACCAAGACUUCUAAUGUUAUGCCUGGAUAUGGAAGUAAUUAUUAUGAUGGAUUGUAUGGUAGUGCCCAAAAAGAGGUUAUUACUGCUGAUGGACGCACAAUUACAGAACCAAUAAACGGCGAGAUAAUUACCCAAGAAAAUGUCAAAAUUCAAUGUUGCAGUCAAUGCACAUGUUCUAAUCUUAGAGAACCUCAUGAUGUUACUGCUGAUGAGCGUGAAGUAAUAAAAUAUAUGAAGGGAGUUAUGAAUGACGCAGGUUCAACAGACGCUCCUCGCCUUGUAUCACCUGGAGGUACAACUUACGUUUUUGGCAUAGAUGGUACCCUGAGAAGGGAGUUUGAAACACCCAGUGGACAUAGAAUACUAGAAAACAUUAGUUCUGAUGAACAACAGAGGGUAAUUAUGAGUUCAGCGCCAAGUUCAAUUGGUACUCGAAAUGGCACCCCUGCAGCAAAUGCGUGUCUUCAAUGUUGCCUAACAUCAAUGCCCUCCUCGAAGAUUACAAGUCCUGGCGGAAGUGUUUAUAUUCCUGGAAUUGACAGUAGUAUUCAAAAAGAACUGAUUGCACCUGACGGACGCAUUAUUUUACCACCUGAUGAUAAAUUUGCACAUCAACCAUUCACGGCUGAUGAAAUUAGUUUUAAUAGUCCCGAAGUACCUCCUCAUCGAGUUUCCACACCUGGUGGUGCUAGCCCUGAAGUUCUUACGGCUAGUGGACAUACAUUUAUUGAAUCAACGAGUAUGAAUGAUCAGCAAAGAAUUUUGACCCCAGAAGAACCCUGCUAUCAGUGUUGUGGUUUACCAAUUCCAGCAAGGAAACAACUUAUUUUAAAUGAGUUGACUCCAGAAGAUGCAUGCUAUCAGUGUUGUGGUUUACCAAUUCCAAUAAGGCAUAAUAGAAAUAAUUUUAUGAUGCAAAUGUCGGUUACACCUUUACAAACUGCUGAAGAAAAGUGUAUUCUGUGUUGCGGUCGAUCAUGGGCACCAGCCACAAUGGAUUUUGCAUAUGUACCUCCUACGCAAUACAACAUAAUGCCAGGAAAUACUUAUUGGGAUCCAGUAACAGGACAGCUAUACCCUAUAGGACCAACGCUUCCAUCACAAAUACCAGUCAAUAGGAGCGCUUAUGAGAAAUGCUUGCAGGUAUGUACAAAGCGCCCAGAGAAUAAUUUAAACAUUGGCCUGCAAACAACCAAAGAUAAAUGCUAUCAAUAUCGCGGAGAUAUUGCUGAGAAAGCAGUUGGAGCUCAUAUUGAAGAUGAAGGUAGGGUUGGCACAAUGCACGUUCCAAUGCAGACAGUUAUAAAGCCUCAUGCUGCUAUUGUGUUUUUAAAGGAUGAAUCGGACCAAUAUGUGAAAGAUUUACUGCAGGAAACAAAGGCGCCUAUAGCAGAUAUAAUAAACGAGGAUGGCGAAGCAAUGUUCGAACUGAGAAAUGUUACUGCAUCGAAAUUCCCUGUGGCAGAUAAAAUAGAUCAGCUGGCAAAUAAUCAGAGAAGCAAUAUCCCAUACACAAUGGUUGACAGGGAUAGUGGUUUAGUUGUUCUUGUGACAGUGCACGGAAAUAUGCAGGAUAUAAACACAAUGCUGGAUCAACAGCUACUUAUCCCUGGAUCGUUGGGACGGAUAUGUUCUGGAUGCCAAAUUUGUGGUUCUACAAUUUUAAUGCCUUCCCCGGAAAACAUAUUGGAAGAAAAUCAAGAUGGAACACUGGGACGUAUAUGUUCCGGUUGUCAAAUUUGUGCUCCUAAAGAAUCAAUGACUAUGCUGGAAAAACUGCUUUCAAGCUAUGACCUGGCCAACCUACCAUUUGAAGUUAUAAAGAAUCCUCCUGUUGAUGUUAUUAUUAUUCCUGAAAUAAAUCGAAAUGAAACUGUUAAAGCUGUUAAGGUAAUAAAAGUUCUGAUACGACAUGCUGAAGAUACGGGAAUGAAUUACAUGGGCUUGCAAUUACCUAGUGGUUUAAAAUGUUUUAAAGAACUGGAAGCGUCACCUACAAAUGAUAAAAUUGCUUCGGAUGUCAAUUUUGUUAUUGAUUCUAUUGACGAGAGAGACUAUCCAUUUGUAAUUGUCGAUCUUAAUGAUGGAACUAAGGUAGCAUUAGUAACCCAUCUUCCAGUACUAGAUGUGACAACACCUUCAGCUAUUGAGACUCCCAUUACAACUGCUGAAGAAUCACGUAUUACAACACCUGAAGCCACAAGUUUUGUGUCUGAAGUGACACAAAAAGAAGUGGAAACACCCAGUGAUCAUACAAUAUUGGCCCCAGUUGAUGAAGAAAAGGUUAUGAGUCCAGUUGCAAGCAAAGUGAGCAGCGUAGUGCCAUCUCCCAUUGCAUCACCGGUUGAAACAAGCUCUGUAUCGGCUGUUAGUGAAGUGCCUCCGAAAGAAAUAGUUACACCCAGUGAUCAUACAAUAUUAGCACCAGUAGAAGAUGUCGAAAAAGAAAAGCCUAUGAGUUUGGUUGCAAGCGAGGCAAGCAGUGCACAACCAUCAGUGCAGAAUGUGAUUCCAACACCAAGUGAUCAUACAAUCCCAGUCGAGGAAGUCGAACCGGAAAAAAUUAUGAGUCAAGCUGAAAGUAAGCCGAGCAGUGAAGUGCCAUCUCGCAUUACACCACCCGAAAUAGUUACUCCUAGUGACCAUAUAGAAGCAAAAGAAAUGAGUCAAGUGGCAAGCGUGGUACCCAGCUCAAAACCUUCUACUCACAUUUCAACACCAGAAGGCCCAAGUGAUCAUACAUUAGUCGUUCCAGUUGAAGAACCCAUGCAAGAAACAAUUAUAAGCCAAGCGGAAACUGCGCAGCCAUCUGACAUUACCACUAUACCAUCGCGUGGUCCAAGUCAUGUGUCUGCAGCUGAAGGAACACUUCCAAAAGAAAUAGUUACUCCUAGUGAUCAUACGCAGGCGAAAGAAAUGAGCCCAGUUGCAAGCAUGGCACCGAGUUCAAAACCGUCUACUCAAAUUGCAUCAGCAGGAGGCCAAAGUUAUAUCUCUGGUGCCGAUGGGACUAUUCCAAAAGAUAUGGUUACUCCUAGUGAUCACACGCAGGCGAAAGAAAUGAGUCAAAUUGCAAGCAUGGCACCUAGUUCAAAACCGUCUACUCAUAUUACAACACCAGAAGGCCCAAGUUAUCACACGGAUCCAACUGGUAAAUUGCAAAAGGAAAUAAUAACAAGAAGUGGACACAGCAUAUUGGUCCCCGUCGAUGAUGCAGAGAGACAAAAAGUGAUGAGGGAAGCAUCAAGUCACAAAGGAUCUGAAGGUGCUCCUGGUCCUUAUGAUAUGCCUGCCCCUAGUGAACAAAGUGGAAUUAGGAGUGAAAUACCAAGCUCUCAUAAAUCUCGAGUUACUUCCCCCGGUGGAACAACAUAUGUUACUACUCCUGGUGGAUCUGUCUUGAAGGAAGUUGCUACUGCCAGUGGUCAUACUCUGUUAGUACCUUUUGAUGAUGAACACAAAGGAAAAGAUUUAAGCGAAAUUCCAAGUAGAGAAGCAGAGGACACUCGUUCACAAACUGUAACAAUUAGUGGAGCUAGUAAUAUUACAUCUCCUAGCGGUACAAUUAGGAAAGAAGAAGUUCAAAGUGAAGAGACUAGCCCUGCUAGUAAACCAAUUGUAACUCCUAGUGAACCAAGUCAGAUUUCAGUGCCUGCGGAAACUCCAAAGAAGGAGAGUGUUAUUGUCAGUGAACAUACUCUCGAGAAACCUGUGGAAGAGCCCGAAGAAGAAGUGAUUUUAAGCGAAGCCCCAAGUCUCAAGAGUGAGUCUAUUCUUGAACAAGUUGCUACCCCAAGUGGAACCAGUAACAUCACAACUCCAGGUGAAUCCAUUGUGGAAGAAACUGUUACCGUUAGCGAUCAUACUGUUGUAGAACCUGUUGACGAUGUUGAAAAGGAAGAGAUUUUAAGCCAAGUAGAAAGUCCUCCAGCAGAAUCCGAAAUAUCACAAGAAACAGUUAGUAAACUCGCAACUCCUGCUGAGAUUAUUAUGGAGGAGCCUCUCGCUCCUAGCGAGCAUACCAUUGGUGAACCUGUUGAGGAAGCAGAGGAAGAGCCAACUUUAAGCGAAAUGCCUGUUGAAUGUCCGCCUAUAACCACCUGCAAGUGUGAUGUUUGCGUUGGAACUGAACAAACUCUAGCAGACUUGGAAGGACUACUAAUGCAUGUACCUUUCGAAACAAUACCAGUAUUUUUAGGUGAAAUAAUUCUGGUUCCUGGUGAAGAUACAGAUGAAGUACAUGCGACAAUUGAUAAACUGAAAGUAUUGCUGGAACAUGCCAAAGACGAAGACAUACCUUUAAGAUCAAUUAGAACAGCACAGAGAGAACGUGUAUUUAUACCAGCUGGAAAGUCACCAUCAAAAACAGAAAUAUCACAUUUAUUCAACGAUAAUUUGAAAACGGUUGCAAUUGAAAACUUGCCAUGUGAUAAAGUAAAAACUACUGAUUCUAUAUACGCUAUCUUCUUACCAUUAAAUGGAAAUCUAUUGGACGAUGAUAUAGCGGAAUACCUGAAGAUGAAACUUCAAGAAGCCUUUGAUAAUGCUAUGGAUUCAGGAAUAUAUGAUGGCUUGAAGGCAGAAAUGGACAAAGCAGAGGAACAGGAAGACAAAAAAGAUGUGGUAUCAUUGGAAGGCUCUGGCGAUGUACCAGCGGUAUUGAAAUCAGCCUGUGAUAAUUGUUGCAAGUGUAAGUUAUGGCCAGAACAUUCAAAACUUUUACGAGCAUAUACCGAUUUCUUGUUGAUUGAGGAAGCUCUUGGUGGAGAUGGCUUGUUGCAAGAAAUGGAUAAAAAUGCUUUAGCACGGAAUAUGGAUAAUUUGGAUAAUUUUAAAAAAUCCGUGGAUUUUAAACCAGAUGAACCCUUAGCCUAUGGAGCUGAAGAACCAUGUCUUCAGGAGUGCAAUUUAGAAGGAAUAGUGGAUAUAAUCUUUCGCCAAACAAGUUACCUUCCAAUAGAUUAUACAUGCAGAUAUAAGCUGGAAGAUAAAUUGUUGGAUACCAUUGUUGGUAAAGGAGAAUUUACUGGCGAUUCGGACUGCCAUAAUAAAAUCUGCAAACAAAUGGUGGCUGAAAUGUUUGCUUCUCAUGCUGCUUGCAAUAAGUGUAAACUUUGUGAAGCAGCAAAUUAUGUGUGUCCAUCAGGAGACGAAGUAGAAGGUCCACCCAAAGAAGAGGUAGAGGAUACUGAAAAUAAACCUAGCAUAGACGUAACUGAACCAGCUGAAUCAGCUGAAACAGAAGAAGAAUGUGUUUGCGAGCCUUGCGAUGUACUGACACCUCCAAGUGGACCAAAAGAUGCCUCAUGCCAAGUAUGUGAUCCUUGCCAGAAAGAACCAGAAGAUCAAGUAUCACAACAAGGCACUGAAGAUGCUUCUAAUCAAGUUGACGAAGAAUGUAUCUGUGAACCUUGUGAAGUAUUAGAACCUCCACAAGGACCAAAAGAUGCUUCAUGUCAAGCAUGUGAUCCCUGUCUGGAUGCUGAGGUAGUAUGUCCAGAUGAUACAGCAAAAGAUACUGAAGUUGAAGAAGAAUGUAUCUGUGAACCCUGUGAAGUGUUAGAACCUCCACAAGGACCAAAAGAUGCCUCAUGUCAAGCAUGCGAUCCCUGUCUGGAUGCUGAGGUAGUAUGUCCAGAUGAUACAGCAAAAGAUACUGAAGUUGAAGAAGAAUGUAUCUGUGAACCCUGUGAAGUGUUAGAACCUCCACAAGGACCUACAGAUGCUUCAUGCCAAGCAUGCGAUCCCUGCCUGGACGCACAGGUACAAUGUCCAGAUGAUACUGCGAAAGACCCUGAAGUUGAAGAAGAAUGUAUCUGUGAACCCUGUGAAACUUUAGAACCAAUUAGUCAUGAAGAACCUAAUCUUGAAUGUGACAUAUGCCACCCAUGUGAGGUAGAACCGGAAGUCUGCCACAAGGCUGUAUCAGUAGAUACGGCUAAAUUGGGUGAAGAAGAAUGUGUCUGUGAGCCCACUGAGGAAGUAGCAAAGGAAGAAGAAGAAUGUGUCUGCGAUCCUGAUGUUACCAAGGAAAAACCAACUUUUGCUGUAUGUGAUGUAUGCGAACCUUGUAAACUAGCACACAUAGUUUGCACCACAGACAAAAGUGAAGCAGUUUGCGAUGUAUGUGACCCUUGUGAGGUUGAACCGGAAAUGUGUCACCAGCAUACUAGUGCAACUGUUUGUACCGAGUGCACUCCAUGCCAGGUAGAACCAGAGAUAUGCCAUCGUGAAGUAGCAUGUGACAUAUGUGAUCCCUGCGAGGUGGCUCCAGAAGUAUGCCAUCAACAAACAAGUGUAGCUUCAUGUGAAAUUUGCGAUCCAUGCAAAGUACCACCGGAAGUGUGUCACCAACAAACCAGUGCAAUUGUGUGUGAGGUAUGUGAACCAUGCAAAGUUGCACUGCAAGAUACCCUCAACAAACAAGCAGAAUCGUCUGUGAUGUAUGCAAAGCCUGCCAAGCGGAACCGGAGGUAUGUAACCAGAAAACUAGCGUAA